AUGCCGUACUCGCUCACCGUGAAGAAGACGGAGGGCAAGCCGGGACAGGUUUACUACCCCCUCCAACUCAACACCACCCCCACCAUCCCGACCCCCGGCCCCGGCCAGCUCCUCAUCAAACUCUCCGCCUGCGCCCUCAACCACCGCGACCUCUUCAUCCGCCAGCACCUGUACCCGGGCAUCUCCUUCGCCCACCCGCUCUUCGCCGACGGCUACGGCACCGUGACCGCCCUCGGCGGCGGCGGCGACAACCACAACCCUUCCGCUACCGCCCAGGCCCUGCUGCACAAACCUGUGCUAUUGCUGCCCAUGCGCGGGUGGGAGGCGGCGGCGGACGGGCCGGAGGAUUUGGGGAGGGGGUUUGUGAUUGUGGGCGGGUCGGUGGGGAGCGAGGUGGGGAUGGGCCAGGAGUGGGUGGUUGUGGAUGAGGGGGAUGUGGUGGAGGCGCCGGGGCAUUUGAGUGCGGUUGAGGGGGCGGCGCUGCCGUUGGUCGGGGUGACUGGGUGGCGGGCGCUGUUUGCGGUGGCGAGGGGGUGUAAUGUGUUUGUGACGUCCGGGGAUCGGGGGAAGGUUGAGAGGGCGGUGGGGAUGGGGGCGCGGGGCGGGGUGAGUUAUAGGGAGGGGGAUUGGGAUAUGCAGUUGGGGAGGAUGCUGCCGGAGGAGAGGCCGUAUUUGGAUCUGGUGGUGGACGGGGCGGGCGGGGAGGUGGUGGGGAAGACGGUCAAGUUGUUGAAGCCUGGGGGUGUGAUUGCGAACUAUGGGAUGACGGUCGGGCCGAAGAUGGACUGGCUGAUGCAGGCCACGCUGAAGCAUAUCGAGUUGCGGGGCACGACGAUGGGGUCUAAGAAGGAGUUCGAGGAGAUGGUCGAGUUUGUGAAGGAGCACAAGAUCCGGCCGGUGGUGAGCAGGGUUGUCAAGGGGCUGGACAAUAUCGAGGGGAUCGAUAGUCUGUUUGACGAUAUGAAGGCGGGGAGGCAGUUCGGCAAGCUGGUGAUCCAGAUCGACGGAGACGAUUCGCCGCCCAAGUUGUGAGGGUGAGCGAUACGAGGCAGGUUUAAACAGAGAGACAUCAAGUACAUACUCGUAGUUCAUUCACAUGGUUAGCCUCUAAAGGACCCUCCUCACGAAAAGAAGCUGUUAAGAAUUACUACUCUUAGUCCUAAUGCUGUGUGCCAGUUUCCAAGGCUAUAUGAAGACACCAGUAUCAAACAUAACUCGACGCUAUCAAGGCACCAG